AUGCUUCAUAGUUUGGCAGUCUCAACGAUCUGGCAUGUAGCGAAGAUCUACCCUCCUCCUCGUGAAAUGGUGGAUUCCAUCCAGUCCCAAAUAUGGAAGUUCGUAUGGUCCAAAAAACCGGAAUUGGUACGUCGCGAAACAUGUAUGUCUAAUUAUGAUCAUGGUGGCCUUCGAGUCAACCAUCUAGACAUUAAAAGCGAGGCGUUAUUAAUUGGGCGGAUUUUCCGAUUUCUUGAUGUGAAUCACGAAGCGUGUCCUUGGCAAGCUUUAAUGCGUUACUACGAGGCACGGCCUUUGGGUAUCAAUGACAACACGAAGCCAAAUUGUGAUAUUCCGUGUCCAUUUACAGUCAUCUCCUUCGUGUGUUGAAAGAAUUCUCGGUCGACCUGAGCCAACCUCAGUAAAGCAAAUUUUACUAUGCUCGUCGUCUGCAAAAUUGUGUUUCCCCAGUUCAAACGCGAAGCGAAGUGCAUUGGAAUCGGCGGUUUGGUCCGAGAGUGAUUUGGAAAGAUAUCUGGAAAGAAAUUGCUCACAGUAUGAAUGAUCCAGUUUUGCGGGAUUUUGAUUGGCGGACGGUUCAUCGUAUCUUACCGGUAAAUUCUCGAAUGCAUCAGUGGAAUUCGCGGUUACCUUCACGAUGUGCUCGGUGUGGGGCCUUAGAACAUUUGUUGGUUGAUUGUCCAAAGAUUAAAGAUAUGUCGUUGUUCAUAUUAAAUUUGUGUGAUCGAAUUGAUCCAUCCGUGAUUGGUUUGUCAGAGAAGAACUUAUUUUUGGGCUGCUUUUCACAACGGGCGACGAAGGAUUUAUUGCCUUACAUAAUGUGUGUUGGGAAAUUUUCCGCUUGGAAAGAACGAGUUUCGGUGCAAUUCAAGAAGGAUCAGAAAAUUAACUGUGCGACAUAUUUCAACUACGUUCGACGAAGACUUCGAAUGGAACAAUGCUUCAUAAGUGUGGAGACAUUUAUGUCAAAAUGGUGUAUUAACAAUGUCUUGGCUUGUGUAAGGGACGAUAAUAUUCAGGUUUUGAUAUAG